UUUUUCCACGUCUUAUGCAAAUGCGCCUUUAGGCCAACGUGCCCAAGCCCAAUGACGAGACAACACGAGGCUGUCAGCUGAUUUUCGGGGCGGCUGUUAUCAUUGUUGUGUCUCGAAUCGAAAAUCUUUUAUGUCUCAUUCCAGUUCACGGUGUGUGCGAUCGCUCUGACGUGAGUCAGUUGCAUUCGCACGAUAUGCACUGAAACCGGACUGCACUGCCGAGAGGACACGCGUGUUGAAAAAUCGACCACACAGGACCGAUAUCCGGGAGAAAGGCAAAAACGAUGAGUUCGCAGGCCGACAUCAGAUCAGAAGCACCCAAAGCAGUCAAUAAUGAAGCUUCGACAAAAAGAGCAGUAAUAACUGUUGUACUAAUUUUGGUGGCCUCAUUGACUGCGUUAUUUUAUGUAUACAAAAGUUUUCCAGAAUUAAAAAAAGAUGAAAAGCAGUAUAUGAAACUACCGCUUCAUAUAGAAGAUGCCAAGAAUUUAGGAAAACUCUUAGAACGAUAUAAGGAUUUAUAUUACUUCCAAGUGCUGGCUGGUUUGUUUGUCACUUACAUCUUUCUGCAAACAUUUGCCAUUCCUGGCUCUAUUUUUCUCUCGAUUCUGUCGGGAUUUCUGUUUCGCUUUCCGAUCGCGUUACUACUCGUGUGCACAUGUAGCGCGAUCGGCGCUACCCUGUGUUACCUACUGUCCUCUUUGCUGGGCAGGCGGUUGUUGUAUCGAUACUGUCCGGAAAAGGCGAAAAAGUGGACCAUCACGGUGGCAAAGCAUCAUGAUAAUUUGCUGAACUACAUGCUGUUCCUGCGAAUGACGCCGUUACUGCCAAACUGGUUCAUCAAUGUGGCCAGUCCGGUAAUCGGUGUGCCGAUAAUGCCGUUCACUGUCGGCACCUUCUUCGGCGUCGCGCCGCCUUCCUUCGUCGCCAUACAGGCGGGUCAGACAUUGCACAAGCUCACGUCAUCAAGCGACGCGUGGUCGUGGAAUAGUAUAAUUAUAUUGUGCUUGUUCGCGUUAUUCUCCCUGCUACCCGUUUUGUACAAACAAAAGCUCAAGCAGAAGUUCGAAUAAACGGCUAGAGCGCUCCAUUGAACAUUCUCUCAAGGUGAUAUUCCGAUAUUAAACGAGGAAGGCUUUCUGAUCCGUGGAGCGAAAUACUCUAUUGAUAAUCUCUUAAGAAAUUAAAGAAAAUCAAAUGCUAAUAACAUUAAGAUCAGGGUCCGCUUUUUCGCACCAUGUAUGCAAUUAGACACGUUUGCAUGUAGCCACAAGGAUUGUGCGUACAGGAUAGCAAAUGACAAAUUCUCGCGAGCACAAUUUCCGUUUAAUUUAUUUAUUGUUAUUUUAUAAUUUAUUUCUACAAGUGUCUUAGAAAGUCGUUCAAACUAAAUAUAGGCAAAAGUAAAAAUCGAUUUAUUUUGUGAGUGUCACGAGUACACCUGUAUUUUAGACAAUAUUGUGUCAGAAAGUGAUCUCAGGAAAAUCUGUGUUGAUAGACUGCCAAAUUUUAUUUUUAUUUCAUGCAUUAUAUUGUAUCAAAAAAGAAUACUCCUUAAAAAUUUUAUAUGUGCCGAUGAAUAUUCUAAAUUAGAGCAAAUAAAAAAGGAAACUUACAGAUAAUCUUAAUAUAUCAAAUUUUAUUAAAUAUGGCUUCAUCAUUAUUGGCUACAUCGUCAUCAUUUUUUGGUAUAUGUAUCCACAAUCUUUCUUAUUGGUUAUAUUAACAAAACGAAGUUAAAUAACCAAUAGAAAAAUCAGUAGCGUUGUAUACUGGUAGACUCAUGGGUCUCCAAUACCACCAAUUGUACCAUACUUAAGAACGGAAAAAGAAAAUAAAAUGUACAAUGUAAAUAAAAUCUAAAUAAUAAAAAAGGACACGGA